CGCCGCGCGCGAGCCGAAGCCCGGGCGGCUCCUCCCGCGGAGAGCCGAACCGGACCGAGCCGAGCCGAGCCAAGCCGAGCCGGGGGCGCAGAGCGCGGGAGGUGGCGGCGCGGAGCCCAGCAGCCGGGCUGCCGAUGGAAGUGCCCCGGCCUGGCGGAUGAAGUCGGUACACACACCAUGUCAUCAUGUGUCUCUAGCCAGCCCACCAGUGACCGGGCGGCCCCCCAGGAUGAACUGGGAAGCGGGGGUCUCAGCCGGGAAAGCCAGAAGCCCUGCGAGGCCCUGCGAGGACUCUCGUCCUUAAGCAUCCACUUGGGCAUGGAAUCCUUCAUUGUGGUUACCGAGUGUGAGCCAGGCCAGGGUGUGGACCUCAGCCUGGCCCGGGACCAGCCUCUGGAGGCUGAUGACCAGGAACUGCCCCUGGAUGCCUCGGAAUCUGAGGCACGGCCUCUACUUUCUGGUCGCAAGAUGUCCCUGCAGGAGCGGUCCCAGGGUGGGCCAGCCUCCGGCAGCAGCCUGGACAUGAACGGACGCUGCAUCUGCCCAUCCCUGUCCUACUCGCCACCCAGCUCCCCACAGUCCUCCCCCCGGAUGCCCCGGCGGCCCACAGUGGAGUCUCACCACGUCUCCAUCACAGGUUUGCAGGACUGUGUGCAGCUGAAUCAGUAUACGCUGAAGGAUGAAAUUGGAAAGGGCUCCUACGGUGUGGUCAAGCUGGCUUACAAUGAGAACGACAAUACUUACUAUGCAAUGAAAGUGCUGUCCAAAAAGAAGCUGAUCCGACAGGCUGGCUUUCCACGCCGUCCCCCACCCCGAGGGACUCGCCCAGCUCCAGGGGGCUGUGUCCAGCCCAGGGGCCCCAUCGAGCAGGUGUACCAGGAAAUCGCCAUCCUCAAGAAGCUGGACCACCCCAACGUGGUGAAGCUGGUGGAGGUCCUGGAUGACCCCAACGAGGACCAUCUGUACAUGGUGUUCGAAUUGGUCAACCAAGGGCCUGUGAUGGAAGUGCCUACCCUCAAGCCACUCUCUGAAGACCAGGCCCGAUUCUACUUCCAGGAUCUGAUCAAAGGCAUUGAGUACUUACACUACCAGAAAAUCAUCCACCGGGACAUCAAACCUUCCAACCUCCUGGUGGGGGAAGACGGCCACAUCAAGAUAGCGGACUUCGGUGUGAGCAAUGAGUUCAAAGGCAACGAUGCCUUGCUCUCCAACACCGUAGGCACACCUGCCUUCAUGGCCCCGGAGUCGCUCUCAGAGACCCGCAAGAUCUUCUCGGGGAAGGCCUUGGAUGUUUGGGCCAUGGGUGUGACAUUGUACUGCUUUGUCUUUGGACAGUGCCCUUUCAUGGAUGAGCGGAUCAUGUGUUUGCACAGUAAGAUCAAGAGCCAGGCCCUGGAGUUUCCAGACCAGCCUGAUAUAGCCGAAGACUUGAAAGAUCUGAUCACCCGAAUGCUGGACAAGAACCCAGAGUCCAGGAUUGUGGUGCCUGAAAUCAAGCUGCACCCUUGGGUCACGAGGCACGGGGCGGAGCCAUUGCCGUCGGAGGACGAGAACUGCACACUGGUCGAGGUGACCGAAGAGGAGGUGGAGAAUUCAGUCAAACACAUUCCCAGCCUGGCGACUGUGAUCCUAGUUAAGACCAUGAUCCGGAAACGCUCUUUCGGGAACCCAUUUGAGGGCAGCCGGCGGGAGGAACGUUCCUUGUCAGCACCUGGAAACCUGCUCACCAAAAAACCAACCAGGGAGUGGGAGCCCUUGUCUGAGCCCAAGGCAACAAGGCAGCGAAGACAGCCUCCGGGGCCCCGAGGCAGCCCCCGUGGGGGAGGAGGAAGCACUCUUGUGAAAGGUGGUCCCUGCGUGGAAAGUUGGGGAGUUCCGGCCCCCGGCUCCCCGCCACGCAUGCCUCCGCUGCAGCCCGAGGAGGCCAUGGAGCCGGAGUAACUGCCUGGACCACCCGACCUGACCUCGCAUGCCUGGCUGUGUGGCCCUGGCCCUGCACGGGGCUGCUGCAUCCUGCGUUUCCAUAGCAGCAUGUCCUACGGAAACCAAGCACGUGUGUACAGCCUUGACUGUCAUCUCUGGUUAGCUGGGUUUUUGUUUAUUUGUUGGGGGAUUUUUUUCUUCCUUUUUUCUUUUCUUUUUUGGGGUGUGUGUGUGUGUGUGUGUGUGUGUGUGUGUGUGUGUGUGGUUUUCUUUUCUUUUUUUUCCUUUGUUGUCUAAGGGGACAAAGAAAAAAAAAAGGACUUGACUUCCAUGACGUCGUCGACUUUGGCUGCUGGCUGGCCGGACCGGCGGGUAGGAGGAGUUGCAAACCCAGACCAACAUGCAUUUUGGGACAAUUGCUUUUUAAAACAUUUCUAUGCCAAAACAAAACAAAACAAAAAAACCACCUUCAUUGUGAAUUCGGAA